CUACCCCACAGGCCUGGCUACGGGCUUGCAAUUCUCCACUGUAAUGCUUAUUGUGUGUGUUCCCAAAAAAGAUCUUUUCCAGCGUUAUAGGUAUUUGCUUCAACUGCAUCCUCGUUUUGGGUUGAAAUAGGCGGCAAUAUAAGCCAGAGAGAGACUUGCCAGGGUUUGUAAAUAUCAAUCAGUGAAUGUGUGGAUUUGCGUGUAGCAGUUUUAUCACAAUGGACACGAGCAAAGAUGAUGACUCUGAACAAAGAUUGCAGGAAUGCCCUUCAGAUAGUAAUCAAGCUGGGAAGGCAAGGGUAUGCCAAGGAUGUCCAGGACAGGCCUUGUGUCAAAGUGGAGGGGGCAUUGACCCAGACCAGAAGUACAUUGAUGUCAGAAUGAAGGCAAUCAAACACAAGAUUCUUGUUCUUUCAGGAAAAGGAGGAGUUGGAAAGUCAAGUAUUGCAGCUCUAUUAAGCAUGGCCCUUGGGAAAAGAGAGAAAACAGUUGGUCUUUGUGACUUGGAUAUCUGUGGCCCCAGUAUUCCUCUUAUUUUGGAUGUGAAGGACCAACAGGUGGUGCAAACACCUUAUGGGUGGCAGCCAUUAAAAUCCCGUCAUUUUAACGUAAAAGUAAUGUCAGUUGGCUCGCUGUUGCAAGACCAUGACUCCGCUGUUGUUUGGAGAGGUCCACGGAAAACGGGAAUGAUAAAAAGGUUUCUCAAAGAUACAUUUUGGGGAAGACUCGAUUUUCUAGUUUUUGAUACUCCACCGGGUACUUCAGAUGAACAUUUAACAGUUGUCAAGUGCUUGAAGAACGUAUCUCCUGAUGGAGCUGUGUUAGUUACAACCCCACAGGACAUUGCUUUAAAUACCAUCAAAAGAGAGAUCAGCUUUUGUAGAAAAAUGAACCUGAAAAUUAUUGGAGUAAUUUCCAACAUGUGUGGCUACGUGUGUCCCUGCUGUCAUGAAGAGUUUGAUCUGUUCGUUAACAAAGGCACGCAAGAGCUCUGUAAUCAAUAUGGAAUUGAGUUUCUAGGACGACUUCCUAUCGACCAGGAGUUCGUCAAAUGCUGCGAGCAAGGAUCAUCAAUAUACGAAAAAGAGAAUUCGACAUUAACUAGAGAUUUUGAUAUAAUCGUGGAUAGAAUUUUAGAAAAGUUAUAGCAAGAGCUGUAUGUGGUAAAAGAGGCAGAGGGAGACUUUGAAGAAGUUUUCAAAAACCUUGAUUGGAAAAAGUUGUGUUGAGAUUCCAAACUGGCCCAAGCUAGCGUCUAUAUUAAAACCACGGUUGCUUUUUACAUAAAGCUACUUUGGAAUUGAAAUUCACUCAAUGGCUUGGUGGAUAUCUACAAUGUUAUGUUUUCUCUGCAGAUUGAAGCAUAAAUGAAAAUGUUUAGGAUUCAAGGUUGUUUUAUCUGAUUAAUUGUCCAAAAGUGCCACGGAUGUGUGUCAGAGAUAGCAAGAACGUUUUUGAGAAUUAUGUAGCAACACCGAUAUGAAAAGGUAUUUUCAGGUUUAUGCCAUUUUCAAGUUUAAAUUUUGAAUAGCACCACUUUGUAGGUAUAGAGUUAUUUCUCAAUGGAUUAAAAGCUGCAGUGCCCGCAGGGGAGGCUUUCAUUUGACAAUGAAGGGUGUUUGGUGUGUGAUGUCUGGCUACUUGUCAAAUGUCAAAAAAUACAAAACGACUUCACUACUUUGGAUUUCACUACGUGUUAUAGAUAAAAAGAUAUAAAAACAUACUUGCUUUCGUCCACGAACCAGUCCCCAGGCAGCGACCUACACCUAAUAUCAGAUAUAAGGGGCAUUAAUGUUUUGCUUGACAACAAGUUGUAUACCAAUGUGAUUUCAACCAGUAAUAUUGUGCAAUGAAAAGAACAAGGAAGCCAUACUAUACAAUUCUAAAAAACAAUAGCAAAUUUAGAAAAGGACUUCUUAGACCCCUCAAGCUCCCUGGCUAUACCUACUUGAUUUUAAGUCAUCAUUAAUAGUGUGUUACUGUAUUCCUGUUAUUUUUAAGAGCCAAUUUGGUUCAGGCCAGGGACUUUUUGGGUGGCUUAAGUGAGUUUCUAGUGGAUUUAGUAUCAGGGGGCUAUAGUAAUUAGCAGUAUACAAUUAUUUUUUCGGCGAUUUUGCUGAGUAUUUGGUCAAACAAAUUUGUUACUCUGGUGCAACAGCAAUUUUGUCAACUCCGCAGCUUGAUACGCAUCUUCACUUACAGCACUGUCAUCAAUCCCUUUGAAAAUUAUGCUGAACUGACGUCCCUCCAUUUCUUAAUUUAAAUUAACAAAUUGCAAGCUGAUUAACUGAUAUUGCAUGAGAGAUGCUUCAUACGUCAUACCUUUCUAGCUC